AUGGAUUUGUCUGAGCGUAAAGAACGCUUUGUGGAGGCAGUCAACAUCAGGGUAAUGGAAGAAUUCGUCAAGAUCGUGAAUCUUCCAAUAGCAAUGAAAAAGAAUUUCGACUUGGUAAUUGAAGAUGUGCUACACUUUUUAGAAUAUGAUAAAAAAGACGAUAAAUUCCCGCUCACUUGGCCAAAGCCGAGUGGAUUUGGAUCAACUACUUUUGCGAUCAGCGUAAAAAGUACGUACUGCUUUUGGAAGUGGUUUACUACGGUAGGGAAAGAAAACCUAAAGAAAUAUAACAAUCGCAACAACACCAAUAUCAUGUUGAUCCAAGAGAAAACAAUAAGGCAAACGGACAUAAACCGUUUGUGCUUGCUGGUAAGACUACAGAUAAAGGAGUGUUAUGAGAGAGCAAACAAAAAAUUCCCGGAUGUACGAAUUCGUAAAAAUAACAAAAUCGACUUUCCAGGUCUAGGAGAGUUUGAUCCAAUCAUCAUGGUCCGUAGGCUAAAUUGGAAGUUACCAAAAUGGAACGGUACCCCACUCAAUGAAUUAAUGGAUAUACGCUUACGUAAGGAAGAAGAAACGGGGAAACUAGUUCUAGGGGAGUUAAGUCUCCCAGGAUUGACCGCCGAAGAGCAGAAGGAAUUUGAAGAUGUCCCAAAUCAAGGAAACAAGGAAAAUUGGACAGAGGUGGUAAAGAAGCAUAAGCGUCGUACUAGUGAUGAAGCUACGAAUCCCAAGAAAAGUAGAAAGGAUAUGCCAUCAACUAGUACCAGCCGUUGA